ACAGUUCGCCUACACGGCCCGGUUUGAAAUACUUGUUUGCCAGCUAGCUUGAAGGUGUUGAUAAGAUCAUGUUUUGUGAUAUUAUUAGCGUUAAAUUAACUAGGCAUAUUUAAGGUAACUGCAAUGUUUUAGUUGUAUUUAAUUCUUUGGGACAGCGCUUUCAACACCUAACGCUAGUUUGUUUUAUUUCAGACUUCCUUCCACUGCGUUGAACAAAUAAAAGUUCAGAGAGCAGUUAAUGCGCUAACUAACUGUAGGAAGUUUUAUCGCUUCAAGCUUUUUAUUUUAUUUUUAGGUAUACUGUAAUAGAAAAGGCACUAACUCACUAAAUAAAAGAACAGAAUGGAAAGUUGAAUUCAAGUUAAAAACCAACUUGUGUACAUGCAUAUGUGAAGUGAAAGCGCGUAACAACAUCUUUGGAAGGUUGAAAGAGUGCAAAAUGUCUCAGGCUGAAAAAAUUAAGCAGGGUCAGUUCACCAACCCAGAGACCCCGGGGUAUGUGGGCUUUGCCAACCUGCCCAACCAGGUGCACCGCAAGUCGGUCAAAAAGGGCUUUGAGUUCACCCUCAUGGUAGUUGGUGAGUCUGGUCUGGGGAAGUCCACCCUCAUCAACAGUCUGUUCCUUACAGAUCUCUACCCAGAGAGAGUGAUCCCCGGAGCAGCAGAGAAGAUUGAGCGCACGGUUCAGAUCGAGGCAUCUACGGUUGAGAUCGAGGAGAGAGGGGUGAAGCUCCGCCUCACCGUGGUGGACACACCCGGAUACGGCGAUGCCAUCAACAGCCAGGACUGUUUCAGCACCAUCAUCGCCUACAUCGACGACCAGUUUGAGCGCUAUCUCCAUGACGAGAGCGGUCUGAACCGACGGCACAUCGUGGACAACCGUGUUCACUGCUGCUUCUACUUCAUCUCCCCAUUAGGCCACGGGCUGAAGCCUCUGGAUGUACAGUUCAUGAAGGCCAUCCACAACAAAGUCAACGUGGUCCCUGUCAUCGCAAAGGCCGACACACUCACCCUGAGAGAGAGGGAGAGGCUCAAGCGCAGGAUUCUGGAUGAGAUUGAUGAGCACGGCAUCAAGAUAUACCACCUCCCCGAUGCGGAGUCUGACGAGGACGAAGACUUCAAGGAGCAGACAAGGAUUCUCAAAGCCAGUAUUCCAUUUGCGGUGGUGGGCUCCAACCAGCAGAUCGAGGCCAAGGGGAAGAAGGUGCGGGGUCGCCUGUAUCCCUGGGGUGUGGUGGAGGUGGAGAACCCCGAGCACAACGACUUCCUCAAGCUACGCACCAUGCUCAUCACCCACAUGCAGGACCUGCAGGAGGUGACCCAGGACCUACACUACGAGAAUUUCCGUUCGGAGCGCCUCAAACGAGGCGGCAGGUUGUCCUCUCAUGGUUACGUUCUGUCUCCUGCGAAGGGACCUGAGCCGGAGGAAAUGGACAAGGACAUGAUCCUGCAGGAGAAGGAGGCUGAGCUGAGGAGAAUGCAGGAGAUGAUUACCAAGAUGCAGGCCCAGAUGCAGAUUAAGCCUGAUGGAGCGGGAGACGGCCAGCAUGUGUGACGCUCACCACGGUUUUCAAGCUGUUAUUUGAGCUUGACCAGAGAUGGAGGGAUUUCAGAAGAGAAGGGAGCGAAAACAAGAGCAAGAUAACUGGUCCUUGUCUCAUUCUGCUUGCUACUAUAUUUAGUUUAUUUCAGUCCUACUUGGGAUCAUUUUGAAUUCUUUAUUUUUUGUUUUUGUGUCUAAGCAGUAUUACAUUUUUAUAUUUACACACAUUUUCUUUCUAAUAUUCCAAAUGGCUCAUUAUUCAUUUGUUCCAUUCUAUUGGAAUGGACCAUGCCAGUUAGUCAUCAAAUGAAGAAUAACUAUUUUAACCAGGGAAAUGCUUUCAUUAUAGAACCAUUGUUCUUUAUUACAUUUUUUUGCUGUUGAGAAAGCCAGAAGUUGCUGCUGCUCCUCAGUACUGUCAUAGCCAAGUCUUUACCCUCGGCCUCCGCUAAAACCACUCAGGAACGGUCGAUCGUGUUACUUACUGUGGCUCCGCAUUACGAGUGGGAAAGGCCAACUUACUGUGAAAGUUAGCAACGCUCUUCUCUUUCGUGGAGCCAUACAGCUAAAAUUGUAAUAUAUAUUUUUUCCUCUAGUGGUUGUCAUGCCAAUGUUAAAAUAUCUUUAAACAAUUGUCUUUGAAAAGCAGCAUAAAGAUGUUUCCUUAUUGCUAGGAUUCGUUGACCGUGUUCUCUUUCUCCUACUCCCUCGCAUGCAGCUCUUAACCCAGUCUGCAGUGUCGUUGUGUUGAAACGACUGGUUAUGACUGAAAUACAUGACACUGACCUUCCCAGUCAUCCUGUAGCCCUGAACCAAUGAAGGAGACAUACCUUGGUGUUUUUUACUGCAUGUGCCUCUGAAUACUGGGCCUGUAAAGUGUCUCAGAGUAGGAGUGGCAAUCUAGGAUCAGUUUAGCGUCUUAGAUCAUAAUGAAUAUGGUUAUAUAGACUGGGGGGACCCAAUCCUAAAUCAGCACUCUUACUAGGAGAUGCUUUAUGACAGCCCCCAGGUUUUAACAUAUUGCAAAGUGAAUUGAUGUUUUAGGCAAAAGUCCUAGCGAACUAAAAGUAAAUUGAAUUACUGUGAUGUUCGGACCAGGCCUAUGCAUCGAAAAUGACUUUGCUUUUCCUCAUGGCCCCCAGUAAUAUUGAUUGUUGAAUUAAGUGCAUCCAGAGGGUUGUGGAGUUCGUGCUGUAAAGCCCAUGCUGUACUUGGUGUAAUAUGAUAUCCAUAUCCUUCUAUUCUUUAUGGCUGAGUGUCAAUGGGUUAAGACUGAAAAGUGACUGACGUUUGGAUGUUGGACAGGCCCAGUUAGUUGCUAUGACCGCUUGCCUGGUCAUUGUGAUGACCUAGUUCGAUUGUGUCACUAUCCUACGCAAGCCAAGUCAGAGUUAUUAACAUUCCUGUUUCUGCUGUUUUUAUCCAAUGACUAUCAAAUAAAACCUUUGACGUAUGCUAUCUUGUAAUAAAGUUUAUAUUAAAGCUA